UUUCUGUUUUGGUAUCAAAAGUUUUUCGAUAUGAAGCUCUGCUUUUUGGUGGUAUUGUUCUGCCAGAUUUUCCUGGAAACCAAUGGUCGCGAGGAACAACUCGCUUACCGGAACUGCGAGGGAACGCUCAACCGCGAUUGCUUUGAAUAUUGCCACAAGGGAUGCCAUGGUCCCAAGGAAACGUGCUUGCAUCGUUGCGAAAAUGGAUGUGGGUGCCGGGAAGGCGCCAUCUUCGAAAACAAUGGAGGUUGCCGCAGGAUAAAGAAGUGUGAGGAUGACGAGAAGGAUUCCGCAUCCGUGGAAAAUCAAGACUAUGCUGGCGACUAUGUGACAGAUUGGUGGCAAGAUUUAGAGCCUAUUAUCGUAAAGGCUUUGAAAGAACAACCAAAUGCUUUUCCCCAAAUACAUGUGUCAGACCCGGAAACGCAGAAGGAAGUGGAGAAGGCUAUAGAGGAUAAUGUGUCUGUAAAGGAUAUGACCGAAAAAUAAUUAGUUUCAAUAAUUUGUGUCUUGUAUUUGUAUUUAAAUAUAAUAUUAAAUACAAAUUAUUUUAAA